AUGGCGGGCCUCGUUUUGUACUCGCUUUUGGUGGCUCUCGUGCUGCCCUUCGUUUGCCGGGCUCAAACUCCAGAACAAUUGAAGCUCAUGAGCCAGGGUCAUCUUCAGGUUGCAGGUUGUGCUGAGAGGCCGUGCGCCGUUCUUAGGACCCCAGUGGAUAAAGACUGGGACAAGGUCAAAUUCGUUCUCGGCUUUAUCGCACAGGGCCAAGGCCCCGCUGAUUCUCAUCAGCUUGCCUCUCUGCAUACGCGGCUCCUGACGUUAAGCGGCAACCUUCGGACGGAUAAAGUGCUUCAGCAGCAUGGAUUGCUCGAGUACCUGAAGAAGAAGCCAGGGACUUUUUUUACGGAGGAUUUGCCCUUCUUGGCCUCUAUUGUUUUACACCUUGAAGAUCUGUUCCCCGACGGACUGCAGUAUGUCACGCCGGAACUCCCGCAGGCACACCUGCGGAAGAUUCAGGUUCUCGCGCUGGUCGCGGCCGCGUUUUUAGGAGUGGUUCCCCACAACCAGCGGCGCCUCCUAGCGCACCAUCCGAAGAAGUUCCAAAUGAACCAGAACAAGCUAGAUAUGUUUUAUCGGGGGUUCAUGGAGCGCGAAGCGAAGUUUCGGUCGCUUCUGAUCUACUUUGCUAGCAUGCGGGCCAGACUUGCGAACUGUUGGAAUGAAAUGAUGAAGGCAGGCAUCUUCAGCAAAGCCUUGUGCGUGACACCAUGUCAGUGUGCCACUCUUGAAGAUGGAACUCUGAUAGCGCCUACUGAUGAACUGCUGGGAAUUUAUCGCCAGACAGACAUGGCCGCCAAUUUUUCGUCGGCAACCGGAUCUGUGAAGGUCACCUCACCGGCGGUUAGCGUGGGGGACAUUGCAAACAGUCAAAAGCCGCUGCUUGCGUUUGAAGUGCUUGAUGUCGGAGAUAUAUCGACGAGCGACGGAGACCUGCAGGUGGACUUCGCCGAUCAGUAUCUUGGCGGGCUGUCAAUGUUCAAAGGCGAUAUCGCGCAGGAGGAGUUUCUGUUCAUCACGUAUCCGGAGCUGCUCCCAGUGAUGCUCCUCAGUGAUAUCAUGAGAGCCAACGAAGCAGUUGUUAUGAAGGGCGCAGAACGGUUCGUAUUUUCGGACGGGUACGAAUGGACUUUCAGAAUCACAGCGGCGGCUGGCCCGUGGACAAAGCUACCCCCGACGAAGCAUUACGGCGUUCAGGGAGUCGUUCCAAUGGAUAGGCUGGGUCGGCGCGACGUGACGGUGGUGGGAAUAGACGCUGUUCAAUUUUUUGUUCGAGCCGCGCAAUACACGAAGGAGAUGAUCGACAGGGAAUUGCUGAAGGCUGUCAUUGGCUUCAAGGGCGACCCUUUCGAGGAGGUCAUGGCAUUGUCGCAUCAAGCCGUUGCUACGGGAUUGUGGGGAUGCGGAGUUUUCAACGGCGACGCACAACUGAAGUCGCUCCUUCAGUGGAUGGCUGCCUCAUACUCCGGGCGAGCGACGAAAUUCUACACAUUUGCCAACAAGAGUGUGAAGGACUUGGCCCGCGUUAUUCCACAGCUCCGGUCGAAGUACUCGACCGUUAGUAACCUGUACAACGCCAUAAAGGAGGUCGUGGCUAGUCGGCCACGUGAACUGAGCUCUGCGUGGUCUUUGUGGGGGAAUCUGUUGUAG